AUGGCAACCCUACCGAAUGGGAAUGACCAGCUGCAAGAGGAGAAACAGCACCAACAGGAACUGCGGCAGGUGGGGUAUGAAGCCCAUGGGGAGGAGAAUCAGCAGCAGCAGGAGGCAGAGGGAGAGGGAGAGGGGAAUUGCGGCGCACCCGUGGAUGUCGACCCAGAUGCAGAGCAAAGCCCUUGCCAUGAAGGCGGUGCCGGUGGCGACAGUGACGGGGCUUCUCCCGUCGUGGAGGCGCAUGCUGCAGUGCACUCGUCCACAGGUGACAAUAGCAUCGAGAAGUGUUUGCUCGCUGUCAUCCGUGACGGCGCGUUUGGAAACGCAUUUACUCUUAUUCGCGAUGUGACGCUUCAGCAAGAGGUAACAUCGCGAGCCAUUGUGGAGCUUAAGGCCGAGCUGGGACGGACGGAGGAGGAUAUGCGGCAAAUGGACGAGGUGUUUAAGAAGGUAGGGUUUUACGUGCAGAAGCUCAGCGUGAUGCGAAGUAACAUGGAGGUGCUUGACGCAAACAUGGCCAAGACGAAGCGCCUGGCGUGGGGAAUCCGCGAGCGGCUGCAGAAGACAGGCGAGUGGGGCUCCGAGUAA